AUGGCGUCGAUACGCACCUUUACGCUGCCGCACUAUGAGACAUAUCCCGUUCACGUGGCUCUGUUCAGGGACGUGACCAAUGCUGCUUUCCUGCGAAGUCAGUUACUCGAGGCGAAUCCCGAGUUUGACUAUGCCUUCUUAGACGCAAGCAUGAUCCUCUCCGCCCAACACCUCCUGUCAGCCACCUUCCUCGCCCUCCACGCCUUCCUCACCUCCCGCCAAAAGACCCGCACCCCCCACUCUGAGCUCGUCUUCCGCCUCAGCCCCAACAAUAACAUUGGCGAAAGCUACAAGAAGUUCGGCAUUGCAGACGACACGACAUCAAUCAUUGCCGUCAAGCUAUCCAUCACUGCUGCAGGAUCCAUUGCCGAGCAUGUGUCACAUGACAGCGUGAGUCAGCAUCUAGGCGACGUGGUCCAGGGCACGAGCAUAGAGAUUGGGGAAGACGACGUGGAGUUGGGCUCGUGCUGUGAUGUGGACAAGGUGCGCAAGGUGUAUAAGUUGGGUGGAGGUGGGGCGGGGAAGAAAGGGAAGAAGGGUGUGGUUGUAGAAGGAGAGGGAGAUGCGAGGCAGGAGAUGGAGAGUAUCAUUCUGGGCAUUGUCGCGCUCAAGGGAUCAUAA